AUGGACUUCAACGCCGUCGCUGCCCUUUCGAUCCCUGCCCUCCUCUUUCUGUUUCCUUUAGUUUUCCUCGGCCUCCGCCGCUCUCAGCCUCUCUCUACCCGCCGCGUUCCUUCCCCGCCAUCCCUUCCCAUCGUGGGGCACCUCUACCACCUCCUCUCCUCCCCCUCCCCGCCUCACCACGUCUUCGCCCACCUGGCCGAGGAGCUCAAAACAGAUAUCCUUAUACUCCGACUGGGUCAAGUUCCCACCGUAGUCGUCUCCUCCCCUCAUCUGGCAAGGGAGGUCCUCAAGACACAGGACCACGUCCUGGCCAGCCGUCCGGCGCUGCUUUCGGCGCAGUACCUCUCCUUCGGCUGCUCCGAUGUCACCUUCUCCCCGCUUGGCCCUUACUGGCGCCAGGUCCGCAGGAUCUGCGUCUCCGAGCUUCUCUCCCCCCGCCGUGUUGCCUCCUUUGGGGCCAUCCGGCGGGAGGAAGUCGACCACCUGCUGCGUUCCGUUGCGGCCGAGGCAGGUCCGAAUGUGGACAUGAGCAAGAGGUUCUUCGCGCUGGCCAACAACGUGCUGUGCAGGGUGGCCUUCGGGAGGAGGUUCGAGAACGGGGAGGACGGGGGUAAGAUGGGCCUGGUAGCGGUGCUACAAGAAUCUCAGAGGCUCUUCGCCGGUUUCGACGCCGCAGAAUUCUUCCCCGGCAUCCUGGGAGAGGUUCUCAACGCCGCCACGGGGCUGAGGCGACGGCUGGAGAGGAAUCUCGCCGACCUGAGGGCCGUCGGCGAUCAGAUCAUAAGGGAGCACAGGAAGAAAAGGAUACGGGCGUCGGGCGAAGGCGGAGAAGCUGAGAACGAGGACUUUGUUAACGUGCUAUUGAGGGUGCAGAAUGAGGGGGGCCUGGAGGUGCCGAUCACCGAUGACAAUCUGAAGGCUCUCGUCAUGGUACGACUUACUGCCCUCUCCCUCCCCUUCAGUUUAGCUCCCCCCAUUGACAAACGUUCCUCUCUCUCUCUCUCUCUCUCUUGGAUGUAUCUCCUCUCUACAAUACCCAUUUCCUCUUUGUGGUGUUGUGUCAUUUCCCUCCGGUUAACGACCCUCACAAGCAAAAAUGACGUCUCCCGCCGUCGCCGUCUCCGUAUUCGUCUACAGGACAUGUUCGUCGCCGGAACGGACACCACGUCGGCUACCCUCGAAUGGGUGAUGACGGAGUUGUCACGGCAUCCGGAGGCGAUGAAGAAGGCCCAGGAGGAGGUGAGAGCCGCCGUCGCCGGCAGAAAGGGGGCCACAGUGGAGGAGAUCGACAUCUCCCAUCUGCGAUACCUGAAGGCGGUGGUGAAGGAGACCCUGCGGCUACACCCGCCGGCGCCGCUCCUAGUUCCGAGGGAGGCCACAGAGGCCUGCGUCGUCGGCGAACAUGCCGUCCCUGCGGGAACUAGGGUCCUCGUCAAUGUCUACGCCCUGGGGAGGAGCCCCACCGUGUGGGACCGGCCGCUGGAGUUCCUGCCGGAGAGGUUCGAGGACGAGGAGAAAGCGCAGGAGUUCCGGUUCCUUCCAUUUGGAGGGGGAAGGAGGGGCUGCCCCGGCUCCACCUUCGCCCAGGCCACCAUCGAGCUUACGCUGGCCAAAAUCCUCUUCCACUUCGACUGGAGUCUCCCGGCGGGCCUCCGGCCAGAGGACGUCAACAUAGACGAGCUUUUCGGGCUGGCCACGAGGAAGAAGACACCCCUCCUACUCGCCGCCACCAUGAAGGCCGACUACUCUCUUGAAGUAAGAAAAGGCGACCAUUAA